AGUCCUGACUCCUACCUGCAGUGAGGAGAGGAUCACAGCAGUGACUGAGGGCCAUGCUCAGGCUUUAGCAGAAUAAAAAAAAAACUAAAUAUCGCUCCACCACACAGGACUGAGAGAAAAUAUACUGGGAGUUCAUUUUGUCAAUCACAAUGAAGAAGCUGGUCUGGACGACCAUGCUGCGCUAUAUCCUCUGUUGGCUCAUAAUGCACAGUGGGGACCUGGUUUUGGGAUCGUAUGGUUGCUUGGCCAAUGGCACCACUCGCUCCUUCUUGUGUCUCGGAAGCAAAGUGCAUCAGAUGCCAUGCCACAUACCAAAAAAUACCACAUACGUGGAGAUCAAGCUGACUCAGAUCAUCUUGUUUCCAAGUAGAGCAAUGUCAUCACUUCAUGACCUCAAGCGAAUAAUGGUGUCGGAGAACGGAGCCCUCCAGCGUAUUGAAGCUUAUGCAUUUGCAAACCUGACUAAACUGGAAGAGAUUACUAUUACUAAAUCAAAAAGUCUUGUCAGUAUGGACAGAGACACAUUUUGGGGACUUCCAAAGCUGAGAUAUCUAACUAUUUCAAACACAGGUCUGACAGUCCUACCUGAUUUCUCCAAAGUCCAGUCUGCAGCUUUUGAAUUUCUGUUUGACCUAGAAGAGAACAUGCAUAUUGAAGUGAUACCCAGCAACGCUUUUGAAGGACUUACCAGUGGCACAAUAACUACACUGAGACUGACAAAGAACGGGAUCACUGAAGUGGACAAAAAUGCCUUCAAUGGCACCAAAAUAGAAAAACUGUUUCUCAUGGGAAACCAACAGCUGAAACUUAUCCACAACUACGCCUUCCUCGGUGCUGAAGGCCCCCUCGUUCUGGACAUCUCUCGCACUGCAAUCAGUUCCUUGCCAGAGAACAUGCUGAGGAGAUUGAAGCUGCUGAUUGCUACCUCAGUCUACUCUCUGAGAUGGUUACCCAACCUGGAGAUAUUCGCAGAGCUCGCCCAGGCCAACCUUACUUACCCCAGCCACUGCUGUGCCUUCAAAAACUUCAAAAAAAGCAAGUCAGAGAAGAACCAUUUGUGUAACGAUUCCACCAUCCGCAACCAGGAGCCAUACUUCUUUGAGGAGCACUGUAAGGAUGUGAUAGAGGUGCGCUGCUACCCUGAGCCAGAUGCCUUCAACCCGUGCGAGGAUAUCAUGGGCUUCACCUACCUGCGUGUCCUUAUCUGGUUCAUCAGUGUGUUGGCCGUCUUGGGAAACUUCACAGUUCUGUUAGUGCUCCUCAGCAGCCGCACAAAGCUGACAGUGCCCAGGUUCCUGAUGUGCAAUUUGGCAUUUGCUGAUUUAUGCAUGGGCCUCUACUUACUGAUAAUCGCUUCUGUGGAUGUAAGAACAAGAUCACAUUACUACAACUACGGCAUCGAGUGGCAAAUGGGUGCUGGGUGUGGCACUGCCGGCUUCCUCACGGUUUUUGCAAGCGAACUUUCUGUAUACACGCUAACAGCCAUCACACUGGAGCGCUGGCACACCAUUACCUAUGCCAUGCGCCUGGAGCGCCAACUGCGGUUACACCACGCGUUUGGUGUCAUGGCUUUUGGUUGGCUCUUUUCAGUGCUCGCUGCUCUAAUGCCAGUGAUGGGUGUGAGCAGCUACAUGAAGACCAGCAUCUGCCUACCCAUGGAUGUAGAAACGGUGUCAUCGCAGGUAUACAUCAUGCUACUGCUCUUUCUGAAUGUGCUCGCCUUCAUGGCUGUAUGUGCCUGCUAUGUGCGGAUAUACGUCACAGUGCGCCAUCCUGCCUCUGUGCCCGAUAGUGCAGAUGCCCGUGUGGCCAAACGCAUGGCCGUUCUAGUCUUUACUGACUUCCUGUGCAUGGCGCCCAUCUCAUUCUUCGCCAUCUCGGCAGCUCUCAGGCUACCACUCAUCACUGUGUCACAUGCCAAGGUGGUGCUUGUCCUCUUCUACCCUAUCAAUUCAUGCGCCAAUCCUUUCCUGUACGCAUUCUUCACCAAGAGCUUCAAGCAGGACUUCUUCGUUCUCACAAGCCGCUUGGGCUGCUUCAAAUCACGUGCCCGUAUCUAUCGAACAGAAACAUCUUCUCUGCAUAAUGGCCGCCUCAGCUCACCCAAGAAUAGUGAUGGGACUCUAUACUCACUGGGGCAUGUUACUCACCCCCACUGACCCACAAAACUUUCCAAUGUCAUACACUAUAAGCUGCUCUUAUCUACAUACGAUCUGUUCCAUGCUGCUUGGACUUCAGAACAGACAAAAAGGAAAUUAAUACAGCUGUAGAAAAUUCUAAACACUCAAUUCACUGAGGUUUCUUGCUUUUUCUUAGCUUUUAUCUAAACUCUUUCUUUAUUUAGCACAUGCAGUAUGUUCAGUGUCACAGUAACCUUGCAGUCCAGAUGUUAUAACAGAAGGGACUUGACUCAGUAGGCCUCCUAAACAUUUAAUCUUUGAUUUACAUACACGUCCUUGACUACACCAGUAUGAAACAUGAAGGCAGUCAUACUGACCAGGCUAGUGGUCAUUCAGUGCAGAUUCUAAGGCACCUUAUCUAUGCACCUGCACUCAUGUUGGGCAACAAGACCCAGAAAAGUUGAUCAUCUUCCUCCUUGAAAUUUCAGUUUGAGAGAAUAGGUGGGAGAUGGGAGACGUGUGGCAGCUGGACUCUCUUGAAUGAAGACACACAGUAAGAGGAAUUUGAUACGAUGAUAUGCCUCACGUAUCAAGGCCUGGGGUUCAAGGCUACGGGUCAAGGGCUUUGUGGACAGAAAAACCACACACAGCGAACAUCCAAAAAUAUUCAGCACUAAAUAAUACUGCAUGUAUAAAUGUAUGUAUAUGGUCUAUUUUGUCCAAUAGCUUACUAUUUGCGGUAAACAAAUUUAAUUUAAAAAGCAUUAAUAUAGCUGUCAAUAUGCUUUUGUUGUGAUUUGUAGUCAUGUAUAAACAAAGUAGUUUUUUUUCUUUUAGAAGGAAAUAAAUAAACGAUCACUCCUGUA